AUGCCGUUGGCCAAGCAUUGUAGCAUAGCAACCCCUAAAACCGACUAUUCAGUGAGCAGUUUCCACACUACAUUCCUACUCCACAGCGCAAAGUAUUCAGAGGAAUUUAAUGGAUUGGAUCACUUUGAUGCAAGUUCUGAGGGUAUGAGAGCAUGGAGAGGAUUACAAAAGCAGAACAAAGUUCAAUAUCGCUAUCUCAGUGGCUCAUUCUCACACACCAAAUCGCUAGCUUCAGUUCCCAGCAACUCAAGCCUUCUGAACGAAUUGCAGCUUCCUGGCGGAGAGCACAAUACGAUUGACCCAAAUGAUCUCAAUGCGCCGCUAGCCACGGCGAAGGAUCUUCCGCCGUCGCCCUUGACUGACCCCACGCUCAAUGCCGCGAGAUUUGGCCAUCAGAAGCCAAAACAGCCAGCCAAGGAAGAGGAGUUGACUCCAUUCCAGCUAAGACUGCGUAGAAACCCUUUUGGUGAGACUCUUUCAGUCAAGGUUAGCUUUGCAUUACUAAAAUCGAUGCUCACCGUAGCUCAGGCACUUGCAACUCCAGCUCGCCAAUGCCUUUUCACGGGUAUUCGCUUGCCCAGCUACUUCUUGUUUCGGUUUGGUAUAGCUACACAUCCGGAGAUAGGUACUCACUGGCAACUUCCAAGCUUAGCCGCCGAGAUUGCCGCUAGAGAAGAAGCUGCUGCUAUCAAGAAAGCAAAAUCUUUGGGAGCUGACUGGAGUCGUGAGAUUCAAGAGCAGCCUACAGUCGGCAAGAAGCCCGAGAGUGAUUCCUUGGAGAACCUGAGACUGCCCUCAAGAACCCUGGGUGGAAAAUACUUCAUCUCAUCGUACAAAGCCUUGGACUACAUUUCGGUUCGAUCGUCUUCGGGCUCUCGAUACCUCUCCAUGUUCCCACAGCGAAUGAAAGCUGGGGGCGUCAUACAACCAGCCAAAACAGUGUGGAGAGAGGACAUGGCAGACUUCUGUCUAAGAUUAAUGCGAAGAGAAAUCGUAGAAAGCAUCGAAAAGCUUGCAGCCAGGACGAGUCGGAUAUACUUCGUGCCUUGUCUGGAUUGGGUCGACGUGUCUAAGAAACCGAACGUCGCUGCUGUGCUAUGGCUUGGUAACUCGAGAGCGAAGGGCGUUGAUGGCGAAGAGCUAGAAGCUACGGGAGGAGAGAGAGGAGGGCAACACCCGCCACCGUAUGCAAUGGCAACUUACAAGGGCAAGUACGUGCCAAUCUACAACUUGGAGGUACUUCUCGGCAGCGAUCUCGUAGAGAAGUUGAAGAGGACCUUGCCGAAUGUGAUGAGUGAAAGCCUAGCUGUCGUGAAAGGCAAAAAUCUCACGGUAAAUUUGCAAAUGCAACUCUGGAAGUUGACAGGCUAUGUAUCUUAA